AGAGAUCGGACGUGAUGAAAAUUUGAUUUUUAAUUCUUCUAACUGAAGAUAAAUGAAAGAUAUUUGUUUAGAACGCGGCGGAUAUUUUUUUACUAUGGCUAACAGUCUAGCAAAAGUCUUCGCCAUCGAAGAUUUUAAUCCCGAAAAAUUUGUGAAAGAACUUAGCGCUCAAUGUGUUGGAGCAGAUGAAUUAAGACAACAAAGAGCUAAAAUUCAAGAUUUAGCAAAUAAUACUUCUGCACAAUUAAAGCGUAAUGUUUAUCAGAAUUAUAUGCAGUUUAUAGAAACUGCUAAGGAAAUUUCACAUUUGGAAAGUGAAAUGUAUCAGUUGUCUCAACUACUCAGUGAACAACGUUCGUUAUUAAGUACAUUAGGAUCCACUAGGACUACUGGCGUUACUUUUGAAGAUUUAUCUGAAUCCCAGUUAGAAGAUGUUAACGAUUCCACUGCCAAAGAAGAAGAACAUAAACAAAAAUUGGUACAAUUACUUGAAAAUGUAGAAGGUGCUAUGAGUUUAGCAGAAACACCUGGGCGCAUAUGUUUACAUGAAGGUUCUCUACUGGAAUUAGAUCCAUUGGAAGGAACACCACUAAAAAGAGUUCAUGCAUAUUUAUUUAAUGAUAUUUUAAUGAUUGCUUCUUGGUUAGCAAAUGGUAGUAGAAGAGGACCACCAAAAUAUAAGAUGCAAGCUGUUUAUAAUCUUGAAAGUUUGGCAAUUGUUAAUGUUAGGGACCUUGGAACGGUCAAAUUGGCAUUCAAACUUUUGGCAUUUUCUGAUACAAGAGUAUUCCAGUGUGCAACUGCAACAAGUAAAAAAGAGUGGUUAGAUAAAUGCGAACAAGCAAAGAGAAUGAAGUUGAUUGAAGAUAAUCCAAAUGAAGCAUCUGAAAAUGAUAAACGAUCAAAAGAGGAAAAGACGGUACCUUCUAGAUCUAUGUCACUCGAUUCUAAUACCCUCGGUGUAGAUGAUGAAGAUACAGAAUAUCAUGAACCUCCACCAGAAUGGAUGCUAGAAGUGGCAGAAGAUUUGGAUUCUUGUAUAGCGCAACGUCACUUUGAGGAAGCUUAUAGUCUUUUGGAGAAAGCGAAAGACUAUUUAAAAGAUGCACAAAUGACACCACUUCUGUUUGAAAUUCAAUCAAAAGUAAAUGAUAGAGGGAGGUCAUUGGUCGAUGUUUUAACAAAAGAACUUGAAUUAAGUGCGGAAGCGAAAUCAUUACAGGGUGGAGGUUUGAGAAGUGCGCGGCGCGUGGUCAAAUUAUUGAUACAAUUAAGCAGAAGUGCUCAGGCCUGCCAGCUAUAUCUGCGGCUAUGUAGUGCUGUGCUAAAGGCACGUUUAAAACGAGUUAAAGGCGAAGGAGCUACCGCACCCUAUGUAAAGCAGCUUAGCGCAAUUGCUUUUAGUAAUAUCGUUGAGAUUACGAAAGAAUUCUUAAAAAUUUUUCCCCAAUCGACAAAUUGUACGUCUGGUUUGGUUGUUUGGUGUAGUCAAGAAGUAAAAUACUUAACAACACAUUUAACUAAACAGCUUUUUAUUCCACAAGUGUCUUUAAACACGUUAGUAGAAUGUAUAGUUUGUGUUCGAAGUCACUGCGAUCAGUUAACGCAAUUAGGGAUGGAUUUUCGUUAUCAAUUAGAUGGUCAGCUCAGAACCCCAUUAGCAAAAGCUAUACAAGAUACUGGCGAGAAGUAUGUUGAGAUUGUAAAAAAGCAUAUAGCCGAAGACAUGUGGCGGCCGACUAAUUUAGAAACUUGCAAAAAUGUUCAAAAAUUGCUAUCAGAAUUUGAUGGCCUUGGAAUAACCAUUCCACAAUCUUAUUUAAAAAAUGACUAUUGGAUAGAAUUGACUAAUAAUACUUUAACUUUUUCAAGAAUUUAUGUAAGUUUAUUGGAAGAUUGCCUCAGUGUUGCUACACCAGAAUUAAUGGCUAUAAUAGACACGGUUUUAAUAUCCGUGAUGCGAACUCAAGUACAACACAUAAUAGUGUCGCUUACGAACCCUAAAUUAAAACAGGAGAAACAAUUGGUGCAUAAUAAUGCGUCGUAUAUUCGAGAUGUCGUAAUCAUGCGAGGACUAGAAUUAUACAAAUCGACGACAAAUCAAAUUUUUAAGAAAUUGUUGGCUCUAAAGGAACAAAUCGUAUUCGAUACAUCAUCUCCGAUUAAACCAAAAUCUAUUCCUAAAACUGCAAUACCUAAAUAUUCUGCCACAGAAUAUAUUUAAUUAUAAAGCAAAAUAUAAGUGUAUACAUAGAAGUGUAGGAAAUAAUUUACAAAGAAAAUAAUAGACAGUGUAUGUGCUCUCUGUAUUAUAUUGUACAUAUAAGUUAAUUUGAAUUUUUUGGUAAAUACAUAUAUUGAAUUUCAA